AUGGACGACGCAGAUCGCAUCCAGGCAGCCUCCAAGUUUCUGCUUCAGUCGCCGCCUGGGGAGAUCAACGACGUCCUGAAUGAUGUCCGCAACAUCAUCUCGGACGACGACUCGCUGCAGGCCGGCGUGCUCCCAGCACUGCGUGAGUAUAACCUCGCGCAGUUCAUCACCGCGGACGUGCCGGGGCACCAGCACCAGUCUAUAGUCAGCGACGCUGCGAGAGUGCCGAGCGGAAGCAGCGAUGAGGACGACGAGCAGUCGCAGGAUAGGUACUGGGACCCCCGGUCACGGACGAGUUUCCGUUUCGACCACUUAACACUGGAAACGUCUGACCCAGAACACGUUGAGCCAGACUCGGAGUCCGAACCCUUCCGCGUAGCACUUGAGAAUGCUGCGCUCGCAUACCUGGCCUCCCACUACCACGACGGCGUCGUCUCCGUCUUCUCCACCCCUGGCUCUUCAAGCCGCUUCACCAUCCAAAUCGUCGCGAAUAAGUAUAACCCUAACAACUUCUGGUCUGGCCGCUGGCGCUCCGAAUAUGUCGUCGAUACGGGCGCGAAGCAGAUCACAGGCCGCAUCCUGCUGAACGUACACUAUUACGAGCAGGGGAACGUACAGCUCUCGUCGACGCACAGCCUCACGCUCGCGCUGCCGCCCGCAAUCGCGCCUGGAGGCGGCGCGGCCGCCGCUACGAAGGUACUCGCGCUCGUAGAGGCGGAAGAGGGCCGCUACCAGGCGUCGCUGAACGACACGUACGCGGAGAUGGGCGAGAAGACGUUCAAGGGCCUGCGCCGCGCGCUCCCGAUGACGCGCUCGAAGCUCGACUGGGACAAGGUGCUUGGGUAUAAGCUGGGGGCGGAGCUCACGAAUAGCAAGGCUGGAUUCGGUGCGGCGUAG